UCUCUCCUCCGCGUGUUGUGCUGCUGUAUCCUUCUCCCCGCGGUCGUCGCUCGUGUUUGGGUGCUCGUUUCCCGGUAAAGCCGCUGUCCCCGGUCUGCGGAGAUGGCGGAGAGCGAGGCCGACACGCCGAGCACUCCCAUCGAGUACGAGAGCCGGUACUUCGACUUCGAGGGGGUGCGGCUCCCGCCCUUCUGCCGCGGGAAGAUGGAGGAGAUCCGCAGCUUCGGCCUGAGGAGCAGCGACAUCUGGAUCGUCACGUACCCCAAGUCCGGCACCAGUCUGCUGCAGGAGGUGGUGUACCUGGUGAGUCAGGGGGCGGAUCCAGACGAGAUCGGACUCAUGAACAUCGAUGAACAGCUCCCAGUGUUAGAAUAUCCCCAACCUGGACUGGACAUCAUACAGGAGCUGACUUCUCCUCGUCUGAUCAAGAGCCACCUGCCGUAUCGCUUCCUCCCAGCGGCCAUGCACCAGGGAGAGGGCAAGGUGAUCUACAUGGCCCGGAACCCCAAAGACCUGGUGGUGUCGUAUUAUCAGUUCCAUCGCUCCCUCAGGACCAUGAGCUACAGAGGCACCUUCCAGGAGUUCUGCAGAAGGUUUAUGAACGACAAAUUGGGCUAUGGCUCCUGGUUCGAUCAUGUCCAGGAGUUCUGGGAGCACCGGUCAGAUUCAAACGUCCUGUUCCUCAAAUAUGAAGACAUGUAUAAGGACCUGUCCACUCUGGUGUCAGAUCUGGCUCGGUUCCUGGGAGUCUCCUGUGAUAAGUCCCAGAUAGAAGCUCUGGUGGACAGCUGUUCUCAGCUCAUAGAACAGUGCUGCAGCUCUGAGGCCAUGGCAGUGUGCAGAGGACGUGUUGGUCUUUGGAGAGACGUCUUCACCGUGUCCAUGAAUGAGAACUUUGAUGAGGUCUACAGGGAGAAGAUGGGGAAAUCUGACCUCGAGUUUGACUUUGAGCUUUGAGCCUGAACCAAACAGAGCUGUGUCGCUGUAAAAAAUAUUUCAUAUAUGUACAAUAAUAUAUGUAUAAACUGAACACGCCUCAACGCCUGGAGUUCUGCAGAUUUCUCCUGAGCUUAUUUUAUUUAUGUCUUAUUUCGACAUAUCAUCUGUACAGAUCAUGUUUAUUAAAGGUCCUGUAUC